AGGACACUCUAAACGCAUGAGUUCAGUCAACAGAAACCAGAAACAGACUAUAUACAGUCUGUUUAUCGAAAAAAUUCAGUUAAUAGUUUUACGAUUCGAACGAGACACACGUGGAAAUUUUCAUACUACAUAGUAACGUUUAUUAACAUUUUUCAUAACUGGGAAUUUUAAACUUUUAAUAUGGAAAUUGAAAACUACGAUACACCACUGGAGAAUGAAAACAACGAACCCUAUUCAGAUCCUUCAAAAGUUGUGCGACCGAAAUCUCUAGAGGAAUUAAUUCAAGAACUGCAUAAAAUAUUUGCUCAUGAAAAAGUAAAUGUAGAUUAUGUUCAACGUUUGAUGACAUUAUACAUUAGUAACAAAAGGGAAUGGAAAAAAUAUGCCAAGUCCGACCCUCACAGGUAUACAAGAAAUUUGGUGGACGAAGGAAAUGGUAAAUUUAACUUGAUGUUGUUAUGUUGGGGCGAGGCUCAUGGUAGUAGUAUUCAUUCUCAUGCUAAUUCCCACUGUUUUCUGAAAGUUUUAGAUGGUAAAGUAAGAGAAGAACUUUAUGAUUGGCCAAGUGAAAGCUCGACAACGGAAAUGAAACCAAGAGCUAUCAAUGAAUAUGAAACCCCAUGUUGCACUUAUAUCAAUGAUAACUUGGGCCUUCAUCGUAUUGAGAAUCCGAGUCAUUCUGAUCCAGCAGUUACUCUUCAUCUGUACUCUCCACCGUUUUCUGAAUGUGAUAGUUUCGAUCAGCGGACAGGACAUAAACAGAAAUGCAAAGUUACGUUUUGGAGCAAAUUUGGUCAACGAACACCAUUUGGAAAGAGAGGAACUUGCCAAGAAGCUCAACAAUAUGCUGAAAAUAAUUAGAUACUGUAAACAGAAUUUGCCUUACUUUUUGAAUGCCAAUAAUAAUAUUUGCUCAUUUAUUUUAAAUUGUUAUUUUUACUAACAAAGUUUGACUUAUUGCAUACCAUGAUAUAGAUUACAAUAAUGUUAUAAUUUAGAGUUGUUAAAUCUUUAUAUCGUAUUUAUUUAUUAUAAAUAGUGUAUAUAUCAUUAUAUCACAGUGCUGUGCCUUAAAAGGAUUCAAUCCUAACUUACUAACGCGCCCAAUUCUCACCUCGGUAGCACAAUUUUUUUGUAAUGUAAACAAACGCAAAGGUUGCAUGAAUGGAGAACCAACCCUCAUUACAAUUCUGAAGAGAAUUGGCAUAUUUAAUUGCCUUUCAGUAAAUGAUACAUUCCAAACAUGUAAUUAUAAUACAAAAUAUGCAAAACAAAUCAUUCAUUGAUGUAUAUACAUACAACUAUAAAUAGUACACAUGCCUUCUGAAAAUCAUCGGAAGGAUGUACCAGUACACCCGAUAACAUAUAGCAUUUUUCUGAAGUCAGGUUUUUCAGAUAGCUUAGUUUCUCUCCUAUAUUUGUUUGUAUUACAUACAAAUUAUUCACAUUCUUUGAAUUUUAUUAUAUGGUUCAUGUUCUUGUGUGAUGUACACUGUUUUAUUAAAUAAAAUGUCUACGAUGAAAA